ACCAACACUAGGAAGGCCUAAAAAUAGAAAUCAGCCUGAGGACAUUCUUGGUUGGUGUUGGGCUGAAAUGUACAAGGUGUGGUGCCUACUUUUGCUUCAGGUCAGCCUAGUCGAUAUAUGAUCUGGUUCAUUACUGUGUGAUAAAAACUAAAAGGUAAGGCAGCAAGAACGGAAUGAUCUUAUAUAUAGUUGCAACAUGCAUUUCAUUGCGGAAGAGGAAAACUGAUAUGACCAUCUCAAGUGAUACAAAUUGACAAGAAGCUGAGAAUCUGUGAAGAUUACCGUCGGAUCGGACUGCUAAAUUUAUUUCUUAGGCUAUGGGCUUAAAAUGUACUGAAUGGCCCAAAGUGCUUGCAGAUGAUUGUCGGCGGUUAUUGGUAGGUAAGAGAACAUGACAAUUGUUUCCUUGUUAACUAGUCUCUUCUUUCCCGACUAAAUUAAUAUUAUAGAUGCAAGAGGAUCCUCCUGGUAAAGGAAUAUAUACUCUUUAAACAUUGUUCUUGCUCAAAUGUAAUAAAUAUGAAGGUUCUUUUGUUUCUUCUUUUGAAAUAAGGAGGGGUUUAGAUUUUCAGUUUUGAUACAUUCUUCGGAUAGCUGGGAGACCAUUUAAAGGGACCGUUGACUUGUGCUAAAACCAAGACCAUUUGCGGAUUGUCGCAAAUCAAUGAUAUGUAUGAUUAGAAGAUGUUUCGAGAGCCAUAUUGAAGAAUACAGUGUUUGAGAGCUCAAGGACUUGGCUGGAGACAUGGAGAACUAGGCGCUCGAUUCAGUUCUGGCAUUGGACACAUUGCUUUGGCUGCUGAGCGAGGCAAUGAGGGGAGUUUAGACGGAGGGUGGGACACCGAGGCACUGAGCCGGAAUGGACGAUAGAGAGGCUUUUAGUUUGGACCAUUUCGUCUUUUCUUAGACUUAGUAUUAGCUACUAUAAGAUACUGGUGAGACUCGUUUUCGUAGGGAGAUUAGCAUAUUCUGAAAUGUUAUUAUUCAGGUUAAACUUCAGGCUGGAUGAGUGUGCAUCUCAAUUUCAUCACCAGAGGCCAAGCACUUCCUCAGAAUUUAUUAUUUACAAAGUAGAGAUGCUGUUUUCAUUAUCAGAAUGGUCAAAUUCAUAAGUUUCGAGAAUCAUGGAAAACAGACCAUUUCGGUUGGGCCAUGGGGAGGUGACAAUGGAUUGCACUGGGAUGAUGGAGUUUAUUCCACCAUAAGACAACUGGAAAUAGCUCAUGGAACAGGAGUUGAUUCUCUUAAGGUUGAAUAUGACAAAAAUGGAACCUCAGUAUGGUCCGAGAAGCAUGGUGGCAGUGGAGGUGCUAAAACAGACAAGGUAAGGCUUAAUUAUCCAGAUGAGUUUCUAACUUCUCUCCAUGGAUAUUAUGGUAGCUUACACGAAAGGGGGUCAGUUUUUGUGCGAUCACUUACAUUUCAAAGCAACAAAAGGACGUAUGGACCAUAUGGUGUCCAGCAAGGAACAUAUUUCACUCUUCCAAUUUCUAGUGGAAAAGUUGUUGGCUUCCAUGGAAAAUCUGGCUGGUAUCUUGAUGCUAUUGGAGUAUACGUAGAGCCUAUUCAUAAAUCUUUGCCGACUAAUUCUAUACUUCAGUCUCAGCAACACCAUUCCAUCGUUCAUUCCCAACAAAGUGUUGUCCAAGGGUUUGAGAAUUAUGAAUACUCAAUGAUACAAGGAAGUCUCGGCAAAAAUUUUGAUCUAAUUGUUGCAGUUAGACACAAAGAUGAGAACAGUAACAUUUUACCUCCAACCACACUUUCAAGACAAACUUCUGGUUCUGAUCAUGAUUCCAGUUCUACUGGACCGAAUAAAAAGGUGGCAACUAUAACCCCUGCCCCUAUUGAGAGAGUCCCGUCGAAAAGUGUCAAGGGUGUUGUCACAUAUUGUCCCUGGGGUGGAAGUGGGGGGAGUGUUUUUGAUGAUGGAAUCUAUGAUGGUGUUAGGCAAAUUUACUUGUCACGCAAUGUGGGAAUCGUUUCGAUAAGAGCUUGCUAUGACAAAAAUAGAGAACCAGUUUGGGGAAGCAAAAAUGGUGGUACUGGUGGAUUUAAAACUGAGAAGAUAAUAUUUGAUUAUCCAUCAGAGAUUUUGACGCACAUCACGGGCUACUAUGGACCAGCCAUGAUUAUGGGUCCUAACAUUAUUCAAUCACUAACUUUUCAUACCACAAAAGGCAAACAUGGACCUUAUGGAGAAGAACAAGGACAACAAUUUUCAACCAAAUUGAAAGAAGGGAUUAUUGUUGGCUUUCAUGGGAGGAAAGGAUUGUUUCUUGAUGCACUUGGUGUUCAUGUGUUGGAAGGAAAAGUUGUUUCAUGUUUACCCCCUUCCUCGAUCCCCAACUCCAUCAAACCAAGUGCAGCGUCUGUCCCAUCUUUACCUGCGCCAGCUCCCCCCAAAUCCAUCAAACCAGAUGCAGCAGCCGUCCCAUCUUUACCUGCACCGGCUCCCCCCAAAUCCGUCAAACCAAAACCAGCAUUUGUAACUGAGGUUGAUGAUAGACCACAGUGGUCUUUUAAACUGGGAAAGAAAGGACUAACUGAGGAGACUAAAAAGGAAAAGAGACAGAUAAAAUGGAACGGAGGAGUGCAAAGGAUAGUGAAAGAUCCAGCACCAUAUGGACCUGGUCCAUGGGGUGGAGAUGGUGGGAAGCCAUGGGAUGAUGGAGUAUUCACUGGGAUCAAACAGAUAAUCCUAACACAAUCAUCAGAAGGCAUUUGCUGUAUCGAAAUAGAGUAUGAUCGAAAUGGACAAUCUGUUUGGUCAGUAAAACAUGGUGCAAAUGCUGGGAAAUGCACAAAUAGGGUAAAGUUAGAGUAUCCUCAUGAAGUACUAACUUGCAUCACUGGAUUCUAUGGUCCUAUAAGCAAAGAUAUGGGGUUGAAAGUGAUAAAAUCACUGACUUUUCACAGCACUAGAAGGAAGUUUGGUCCCUUUGGGGAGGAACUAGGAACAUAUUUCACAUCAGCAACAACAGAAGGUAAAGUGGUUGGAUUUCAUGGGAGGAGUGGAAUGUAUUUGGAUGCAAUUGGAGUGCAUAUGCAACACUGGUUAGGCAAUCAGAAAACCUCCAAGCAUUCUCUGAUGAAGAUGUUCUAUUGAUAGUUUUUCUGUUUUGAAUAAAGAAAAGUCCAAAAUAGAACACAACCAAUAAGUUCUGUGUGGAAAACAUCUUCCUUUUGUUUUGACUUGUGUGUGUGUGAGCAUAAAAGAAGUUCUAUUGUAAUAAUAUUCGCAUUAUUUAUAUUUCUGGUGCCUUCAUCA